AAUGAAUAGGAACCGGAUCAACAAUGCCUUCUUUUUGAAUGACCAGACCCUGGAAUUUUUAAAAAUUCCUUCCACUCUUGCACCACCCACUGACCCAUCCAUGCCCAUCUGGAUCAUUAUAUUCAGUGUGAUAUUUUGCAUCGUCAUAGUGGCAGUCAUGCUGUUGAUUUUAUCAGGAAUCCGGCAACGUAGAAGGAAGAGCAAAGGACCAUCUGAAGUGGAUGACACUGAAGACAAGUGUGAAAACAUGGUCACAAUUGAGAAUGGCAUCCCCUGCGAUCCUUUGGACACAAAGGGAGGGCACAUUAACGAUGCCUUCAUGACAGAGGAUGAGCGGCUCACCCCUCUCUGAAGGGCUCCUGUUUUGCUUCCCCAGGAAACUCAACACUUGUUUCUGUGCCACUGCUGAGCAUUAUAAAUUAUCAAGGACAGAUCAUCUAUUUCACCAUUCUUCUUUCCUAAGAAAUUCUGCAUGUGCAUGAAAGUAAAAGGCCGUCAUUUAUACCCAUGAAGACCACUGGAAUCCUAAGCUGUUGACUACUCAAAAUAUUCUAAAAUAUUUCUCUGACAACACAAUGUAUAAGUAUAGUCACGUGGU